AUGUCUGGUUUUGAUAUCACUAUUAUUCUUGACAAAAAAGAUAGAACAUUACCCAAACCUAUUAAUAACCGCCCUGGAUAUGAUUUGAAGUAUAUUGAGUCAUAUAUCAGAAAUUAUUUUGGGUAUUAUACUGAUCCAUUCAAACCACUCUUUGAUAGUGAAAGAUUAUAUGACAAGUUGUCUAUCAUGAAACAGGGUGAAAAUCCCAACCAAUGGGUUGUACGGGUUAGAGCCAACCUUCAAUAUUUAUUAAGCGAGAAAAAAUAUAGUGUAUACCAUAGAUAUUGCUUAUUCGCUUCAUUUGGUAAAGAAAAGCUAAUCAAUUUUGACUACUAUCGACCUAGUAUCCAUAGAAGUCGAAUGGCAAUCUGUCUGGGUUGUAUGAAGCUUACUCAGACUUGGAGAAAUUAUAAGAAAAGACCUGAAUCAUUAGCAUCUCAAAUCUGGAAUGUUGUAAAAAAUGAUAACACCCUCAAUGAUAAGAAAUUUUUAGGUCUAACUUCAUACAAAGUGAAAUAUCCUCAAACUCGAAAUCAAUUCAAUCUCUGGAUUGCUGAGAUGAUUGCAAUGUAUAGGAGAGAUAACCCUGAUAUGCUUUGCUUCUUUCUUAAUAGAAAUUAUGAAGAAUAUUAUAUUCCGUAUGAUUGGAUAGGUGAUAAGAAAUACCAAUUACACGAUAGAUUGCAUAAGCAUGUUGUAGAUUUGCUAAGAGAACGAGGCCACAGAAUAGUUAAUCCCAGAUCUUGGUAUGAAAUGAUAAAAUGGGCAGAUAAACCAGAUAAAUAUCUUAACAACAAAAAUUUCAUCAGAAUCGAAUAA